AUGGAGUUGAACGUCGACGGGCUCAGCUGGGAAACGAUUCCCGAGGAUGUUUUACUUUCAUUGUGCCGUUUGGUGACGGGUAGAGCGAAGAGCGAAGACGCACAAUCCGUGCUUUUCGCUGAGUGGAGUAUCGAGCAGAUAUUGAACACGACCAACAUUACUCUUCACGAGCGGAUUUUCGCGGAGGUUCCCUUUAUCUCACUGAUUCGGCAUCUGGAUCGAUCUGACGAGCGCGUUUCCCUUGCCACGCUGACGCUAAUGAACACAAUACACCGGAAAGCGGAUGUUCAGCUGAAAAACACGAUUUUGGAUGACCUCGGGACAGCGCCAUUCCGUAACGCGAUCUCGCAUUCGGUGCUGCGCGAUGGACGGGCAAAAGAUCGAACAUUCACCGCGCAACUCAUCCCAAUUCAGAGACUUCUCCUUGAGAAGCAAAACAUUUUGGCGAAAUUGCCCCCAUCAAGAGACGAUAUCAACACGUUGGAGAGUCUCGAUUGGUUCACUCGCUACGCAUCCACGAAUCUACAAUCGACUUUCGAGGCCGGUCAACACGGAAAGCUCUUGCCGAUCGCGAUGCGCGCCUCGGCACAACAACUUGCAUUGAUGUGCAGGGAGAACGCGAUGCGCGCUGAGAAAAGCCGAUGGGAGUUGAUGGCACUUUGCGAGUACACGAUGACGAUCACUUCUGAUCUUUUGGCGAAUGACGAAAAUCUCGGGCGUUUAAUCGAAUUCCUCUUUUCCGUCGAAAAUCCUUUGUUAACACUUUUCACAGCAAUCGUUCAACUUUUCCACAAAACGUGGCGCAAAUGCACGCAGUUAGAG